AUGGGUAACUAUCAUUCCACUCCCGAUCUUACGAACACAGAUAAUAUACCCACAGAUAAUGUUUUCAAAGUUGAUAAUAUCAAUUCUUAUGGUCGCAAACAUUCUUCGGCAAAGAUUCAAAUCUCAGAUGAUAGUUUAUGCAUUCAUCAAAAGCAUCGACAAUCAUUGUUUAUUCCACUCGAUACUAUCAAACGUUACGGCCUUGACGAUUCGAUCUUUAUUCUCGAAUGUGGCCGCCGUGCACCACUUGGUCCUGCACGUUAUGCAUUUCGUUGUAAAGAAGCUCGACGUCUCGUUGAUUGUCUAGAUCAACGUAUAAAUAUAAUUUCCAAUGAGUUAACCGAACAACAGCAGCAACAACCGCAGGAUAUGUCAAUGUUAAGUUUGACGAAUGUCUCUUCGACAGUGAACAAUCUCGGACGUAUCCAAUCAGCAAUGUCAUUAUCGUCCGCAACAUCGUUCUACAGAAAUUCCGAGCCAGAUUUAUCCGAGAACUAUUUUGCAUUUACGCGAGAUAACAAUGAACAAUAUUCGCACGAUAUCGAAGUCAAUUACACUGAUUUCAAAAAAUCCAGCUCGUUAGUCGAUGUAUCAACAAGAACAGAAGGACAAAACGCGAAUAACACGCCGACAGCAGCAGCAACGGCGGCGGCAUCAGGAACAACUCGAUCGUAUGUUUAUAUCGAUCAUGAGAAAACAACAACACUCAAAGAAAUAACUAAAGAUCGAUUACAACAACAUCCUCGACGUACUGAAGCUUAA